AGCUUGAUGUUCAAGAAGUUAAAGAACCGACAGUAAUUGAACAUCCUCAAUGGGACUUUAGUGAAGAAGAAAAUGGUCAAAAUACAAAAGAAAAUGACGAUGAAUUCAAAACGGAAAGUGAUACAGAUGAUGAAUAA